CAACCACACUCAUCAACCGUGUUCGGAGUGGAGUCAUUAAUUUGGGUAAAUUCCGAUUUAACAGCCAAACAAAAUCUCUCUUUCUCUCUCUAGAAGUUAGUUUCUCUCUCUUCUGUUCCGUGUUCAUUCCGAUCCAAGAAAUCUCACAGCACAGCUGUACACGCUCAUUUCCAUUUCCAAAACCCAAGCGCCGACAAAUCUCCUUCAUCAUUUUCUCAAUCCAGAUCUGUCUUUUUCUUUUUCCCUUCAGACAAAAUCCGACUCGGUAUUUUCUGACUCGUUCCGAGUUCGACCCGAGUCUUCGAGCAUUUCCUCCGAUUCUAUCUCUCUCUCUCUCUCUCUACUUUUCGCCGCCAAAAGAUGGCGGUUUUAUGAUAAGAGUGGACCCCGCGCGGAGACGCUAGGCCAGGCUACAGGCUAGGCUAGGGUUUUGUUGGUUUCGGUGCUUCGCUGCCAUGGUGGUGACUGCUCAGGGUUCUUCGAGCUGGAGAGACGCCUACAAAGGCAUGUCCUCCGACAACAUCAAGGGCUUGGUUCUCGCUCUUUCCUCCAGUCUCUUCAUUGGCGCCAGCUUCAUCGUCAAAAAGAAGGGCUUGAAGAAGGCCGGAGCCUCCGGAAUCAGAGCCGGAUCUGGAGGAUAUUCUUACUUAUACGAGCCACUUUGGUGGGUGGGCAUGAUAACAAUGAUUGUCGGAGAAAUUGCUAAUUUUGCGGCUUAUGCAUUUGCGCCAGCUAUACUGGUCACUCCUCUUGGUGCUCUGAGCAUAAUUAUCAGUGCCGUACUUGCACAUAUUAUUUUGCGGGAGAGACUUCAUAUUUUCGGAAUUCUUGGUUGUGUUCUUUGUGUUGUGGGUUCUACAUCAAUUGUCCUACAUGCUCCUCAAGAACGUGAAAUUGAAUCUGUGACAGAAGUUUGGGAUCUUGCUAUGGAUCCAGCUUUUCUUUUGUAUGCCGCUUUGGUCAUAACUGCUGUAUUUAUACUUAUGUUCCACUUUAUUCCACAAUAUGGCCAGACACACAUAAUGGUUUACAUUGGAAUUUGUUCCCUUGUUGGUUCUUUGUCGGUUAUGAGUGUUAAAGCCCUAGGAAUUGCUUUGAAGUUGACUUUGUCAGGGACAAAUCAGCUUAUAUAUCCUCAAACUUGGGCCUUCACUUUGGUUGUGCUAACUUGUGUUCUUACGCAAAUGAAUUAUUUGAACAAGGCGCUUGAUACUUUCAACACAGCUGUUGUUUCUCCAAUAUAUUAUGUUAUGUUCACGUCACUAACUAUUUUAGCUAGUGUUAUCAUGUUUAAGGAUUGGGAUAGGCAAAGUCCAACCCAAGUUGUAACGGAAAUGUGCGGGUUUGUGACCAUCCUGUCAGGGACUUUUCUUCUUCACAAAACAAAAGACAUGGGUGAUGGUUCAACAACUACAAAACUCCACAAGUACUCAGAAGAGGAUGGUUUUGGUGCUGAAGGGAUGCCUCUUAGACGGCAGGAAUCCUUGAGAACACCGUGAAUGCAUCCUUCUACUCUGCCAUAUCAAGAAACUUGCAAACUUCUAUGGGGGAGGGACCCUUGCUAUCGGCUAUUUCAUAUCUUGUGCCUCGUCUUAUCUUGCUCAUUGCCGGCAUAUCUUUCUUGUUUGCGAGUAAAAGAGAAGACGGGUGAGAAUUUUUGCUGUUUCUAUCUCUUUUAUCUUCUUCUUUUUUGGCCCCCCUGUCAUCUUGUAUACCAAUUCCCGUCUGGAAACAUGAUUGAUACUUGCCAAUGUAAUUUUGUGCUCAUUGGUUAUACAUAUUGUAAUGUAGCUUAAAAAUGCUACUCAAUGGAUUCUUAAAUUACAUUUGGAAUUCCCCCGUCUUUGUUGCGCACACACAAUGCUACGGCCACCCCAAAGGUGAUUGUCAAUGGGUCACUGAACAUCUUUGUUAACUUAUGCUAACAAUAGCAAAGUUUGGGGACCUCUAUAAGUUCGCAUUUCACUGUUUA